GGCGAGAGAGCAAAGGCCAGCACUCCUGCCCAGCUGUGUCUCCUUGCCGCAAGCGACAGGAUGUGACCAGAGGCUGCCGGGACUGCCAUGCACCGCUCCCCAUGGCCCCGAGGCGCCCCUGGGGCUCAAAGGGUCUGGUCUGCCUGUCUCCUCCUCUCCUCCAUCCCAUUCUGGUGCCUCCUGCUCCUGCCUGAUGGUGCCCAGAAGCUGCGCUGGGCCUCCAGACCUUUCUUUGCUGCCUGGCAGGAGCCCCCCCAGAGGACCCACUCCGCAGCCGGAAAUUCAGCCCACCAGGGUGUGGACUUUGGGCCUCUGCAGCCACACUGUGAGCCUGGACAGGUGCUCUUAAUCCUCGUGACGUCGGCCCCAGGAAACGCAGCCUCCCGGCAGGUGAUCAGGCGGACCUGGGCUGCGCGAGAGAAGCCCCCGCCUUACCAGUGGCAGGUCGUGUUCCUGAUAGGCCAGAGCCCAGGCGAGGGGGCCUCCCGGCAGAUCCGGCAAGAGCAGGAGGACUUUGGGGAUGUCCUGGUCGGGAAUUACCUGGACACCUACCGCAACCUCACCCUGAAGGUCCUGCAUGGCGUGCGGUGGGCCCUCAGCCGGUGCCGGCCCAGCUACCUCCUCAAGACGGACGACGACUGCUUUGUCAACACCGAGCGGCUGCCGGAGUUCCUGGCCAGGCAAAACCCCCUCCGGACCGGCCUCUAUGCAGGAUCCGUCUUUGCCCGGGAGAAGCGGAAAGUCAUCCGGCAUCCCUCCAGCAAGUGGUACGUGCCAAGGGAAGCCUAUUCCCCGGAAGAAUACCCGCCGUACGCCAGCGGCAUUGGCUAUGUCCUGUCCCUGGACGCAGCCGCGAGGGUCCUGCGGGCGGCCGAGAGCGUCCCCAUCAUCCCAGUGGAAGACGCCUACGUGGGCAUCUUGGCUCAGCGGGCAGGGCUGCGGCCAAAGUCCAGCGCCCGCUUUGCCAAGCAGAACGCCAGGUGGCGAGUGUGCAACUUCCGCUAUCUGAUGGUGGUCCACAGCCUCGGUGCGCCAGAGCAGGAGCUGGCCACGCGGAGAAUGCGGGAAGCCCGGCACGCCUGCAGAGACAGGCCGGAGGUCACCAGGUGGUGAGCUGGAGAACGCAGCAUUGUGGGGGGGGGGCUUGCCCUCCUGCUGCUCCGAGUGCGGAUCGCACCAAGAGCCUAGCACUGUCCUCCUCAGGCUCCUUCCCCAACACCAACCUCCAGCUAGAGAAAGCAAGUCCUGCUAGCAUUUUUGGCGGAAAGGUGGGAUAUAAAGGAAACAAACAAUCUUCUGUAGGCCCAGCAGAGCCUGGAUGUGCCAAGAGCGUCUUGGCAAAAACAGGGAGCCCCAGGAAGAAACGAGGCUCCACCUUCAAGGCUGCCAGGCACCCUUGGCCCAACACGGCCCACUCUGACCGGCAGCAGCUCUCCUACAUCCCAGGCAGAGGGAGGGCUUUGUCACUGGACUUGAACCUGGAGGAUGUGAUCCAGCACUGGGUGUUUUGUGCCUGUUCCAGCAGCCGGAAUGAGGACUGCAAAGCCCGCAGGAAACUCUGCAGCGGCCAGGCAAAACACCCUCCCCUCAUACGUAUAGUGGCGCU